GGAGGUAGAGGAUGUGGCUGGGCUCUGCUGCUCCCUCAUUGCAGCAUCAACUCCAUCCAGAGCUCCUCACUACUGCUCCUGUCUCCUCCAGCAUCCAUCCUGCAACAGGGCAGCAAAGAUGUCAACGUUGCUGGAGAUAAAAAGCAGCGUCUUACGACAAGUGCAAAAUAGACAGUCCUUUCGCCGAAGAGCAGAGACGGAAUCCAGCCCGCCAACAUCGGAGACCAGCAAGGCCACAAGUGGUGUGAGCGAGGAGACGGGUGAUUUUUUCGAUAGAAUGAGAAGUGUACUUCAGAAACAAGAGAGCAUGCAGCGGUAUUGGAGGACGGAGGGUGUUUUAAAUAACAGCAUCCCACCUCCUCAUGAGAACACUGGCGAAUACAGAGCAACAGACAAGCUCAUACUGUCCAAAAGAGAGAUGGAAAUGCUAUAUGAGGAAAUUAUCUAUACAUUAGUGUAUAUGGCCGGCGUGGUACCCCCUGAAUAUGUUGCCAGUGAAGAAGAACUUUUCUACUACCUUCAAAUGGUUUUUGGAGUAAGCGAGAGUGACCAUGAGUCCAUUCUGAUGCGUGUCAAAGAGUCGAAGGCACCUAUCUAUGCUUUAAAAGUCACAGUGGUUCAGGCCAGAAAUCUUCUGGCUAAAGAUGCCAAUGGUUUCAGCGACCCAUAUUGCAUGCUGGGAAUUAUGAUUGUGCAAAGCUCAAAAGAAACUGAGGAAAAGAAAGAGAGGAAAUUUAGCUUCAGGAAGAAGAAAGACAAAAUGGAGAAACGCUCAAGUAUAAGGGAAGUGCUGCCUGCAAAGUAUAUCCAGGUCACCGAGGUCAAGAACAAUACCUUGAAUCCAAUUUGGAAUGAAAACUUCCUUUUUGAAAUUGAUGAUAUUUUCAGUGACCUGCUACAUCUGGAUAUUUGGGAUCAUGAUGAUGAUGUGUCUGUUGCAGAGGCUUGCAAGAAGCUGAAUGAAGUCAGUGGGUUUAAAGGGAUGGGCAGGUACUUCAAGCAGAUAGUGAAAUCAGCAAGAGCAAACGGAACAACCGGCUCAGCCGAGGACAAUGCGGAUGACUUCUUAGGAUGCCUUAACAUCUCCAUUAACGAGAUCCCUGUGGGAGGAGUAGAUAAAUGGUUUAAAUUGGAACCAAGAACAAGUUCUUCAAAGGUUCAAGGAGACUGCCACCUCAUAAUAAAGCUAAUCACAAACCAGAGAGACACGGUGCUGAGCAAGAAGGCAUCUGGCGCAGUGAUUCAUGAAAUGCUACUAACCCAGCUGCUACAGUAUGAACACAAGCGGACGGAGGUUGAACUUUGGAAUUGGAAGGGAGAAAUGAGCAAGCAUGCAUACACAAUAAUGUCACAUCACAGUAUGCAGACUGACCUCUCCAGUCUACAACAGGCUGUCAUAAAAUGGGAGGCGUUCAGCAAACAUCACCAAGAGCACCCACUGAACUACAGCUACCUACUUGGACUUCUUAAGAACAUUGAAGAACAGUGGGAUCCUGCCGCAUGUACAAGAGAACUGGAGGGGCACUUAGCAGAAAGCUUCACCCUCUUCACUGAAUAUUGCCUCCUGCUGCUAAAGAAACUUAGGGAAAACUUCCCUGUGAUGAACGCAGUGGUUAUCAGCCGUCUGGAGUACAUGUUACGGUGCCUCAACCAUAUCCAGAACAUGCAAGCCUUUAAGAUGGUGUGCCCCUUCCGCAAUGAAUUACAUCUGGAAAUUGCAACUGUGUUAAAGAAAGGAACAUUGGAGUGGUACGAAAAGACAUAUAUGCCUUGUAAGCCAGAAGAGAAGAAUUACGUGGAACAACUGCGGUGUCUGGUGAAGCUGUCGGAUGCGGUUCAUGAAGACGUAGAGAAAAGUCAGAAUAUCUACAACAAGCUCUUUGUCAAUAUCGUGAAGGUGGAUUUCUUUAGUAUCACCUACCGGCAGCUAGAGAAACUGGUGGCUAAUGAAGUCAGCGCUACAAUGGAGAACCUAACAGGAUCGGAACAUGAAGAGCCGCAUGUUACCCAUGCUAUUGGGGAGACCUUGUUUGAGCUCUACAUCACCCUCAAUGAACUGCGGCGCUUCAGCGAUUACUUGCCGUUAAAAGACAAUAAAGCCCUGGCAUUGACAGGAUUCCAUGAACUGUUUAAAGUGUCUAUUCACACUUGGCUGCAAACUGUACAUGAAAAGACCUGUGAGCGGAUACAGCGAGCAGUAGAAGUAGAUAAGUUGGAGUAUAUGGACUCUCUUUCUAAGCACAGCAGCUCAGCAGUAGACGUCACUAUGUGCUUCUCACAAAUCAAAGAGUUCUGGGCACAGCUCGCCUGGCCGGAUUCCUCCGAGGCCUUUGUCUUUUUAACUCAGCUUUCUGAUGAUAUGUGCAAAGCAGCAAUAUGUUAUUCAGAAGCAAUUAAACGUAAGGUUGACAAAACGCACCAAACGGCAGGACAGGCUGUAGUAACAGAGCAGCUCUGCAUCAUCCUGAAUAACAUAGAGCAUGUGAGGAAGUUCAUGGGCAACGUCCUGAAAGAUCUAGAUUGGAAGUCUCUCGAGACAGCAGUGGAACAAACAAGUGGAAGUGAUGGGAGGCAGCAGGUGCAGAAGGCAUUGAGUACCCAGCUACAGAAUAUUGAUAUAGACAUGCAGAGGGAAGCCAAGAACAUGAUAUCACAUCUGACAGAAAAGAUGAUUGGAGAUAUAAAAAAAUAUAUACAGCACAUAAGCUUAUCACCAGAUUCCAUCCAGAAUGAUGAGGCCGUGUCUCCCCUAAUGAAAUAUCUGGAUGACAAGUUAAUUAUUCUAAGUGAAACCUUGGUGAAGGAAAACUUGAACAGGGUCCUUGAAGCUCUGUGGUGGCUUCUCCUGAAAUUCAUUAUUGAUGCAUUGGACUCCAACAGAGGAGUAUCUGUAGAGUUCUAUGGACGCUUUUACUAUACACUAGAGGCUCUUGUAGACUUUUUCCACGCAGAAGGACAGGGGUUGCCACUGGACACCUUGCGGAAUGGAGAUUACCGGUUUUUGGAAGAAGAGCUGCGCCUGAAUAAGUGUUGUACAAGUGAACUUAUCGAAAAAUACUACCUGGACAACAUUAAAGAGCAGAGAUCAGCCGAGCACAGUAAAUAUGGAAGAAUUAGCGUUAAGUGCUAUUAUGAGACAUCAGAACAGAAGCUGUACGUGGAGGUGCUGCACGCUGCCGAUCUGAUCGCACUUGAUGCAAAUGGUCUUAGCGAUCCCUUCGUCAUCAUUGAACUCUGUCCCCAUCAUAUAUUCCCAAUGGUGAAAGGUCAAAGAACACAAGUCAAAGCGAAGACUUUACACCCAGUGUAUGAUGAGUUGUUUUACUUCUCGGUGUCGUCAGAGCAAUGUCGGAGGAAGGCGGCUUGCAUUGUGUUCACAGUCAUGGAUCACGACUGGCUCUCUACCAAUGACUUUGCCGGUGAAGCUGUCCUUCCCAUGAACGUCAUCUAUGGAUUAAACCGGCCUCACAUUACAGGUGGUGUCAAAAACGUCCAGCCCACUGUACUGAAGCUGACAAGACCUAAGGCCAAUGUGAAGUCAAUAUUGAAGAUGCUGGAUGGCAGAAUAGACAAAGAAGCACAAGAUUUUGUUAAGAAACUUCGGGAACUGGAGAAGUUUAUGGAAGACGACUGAAAUUCUGUUUAUCAAAAAAAAAAAAAAAUUGUCAAUUUUUACCCCUUGGCUGUCAGGGGUAGACAACACAGUCGUGCUGUAUUGUGUCAAAAGCCCCUUUGGAAGGGACCAGAUGAAGCUUAUAUAACUUUAUGACUUUUCUUUGUUAUCUAUUGUUAAGUUUUUGGUCUGUUUUUGAGAACUGAAGUUUUAAAUAUUCUAAGUGUUAAUUGAAUAUUGUAAUAAUCGGUGUACUAUGGAAUUGAUUUCUGUUUCACCGACCAAGUUAAGAUCUUUUGUCUUAAGUCUAUUGAGAGGAAAUUCUAGGAUUCGGCAAUAUAUCGACCCUGGCCAUUAUAUAUUAUGGUGGAGAUAGCAUGGGAAAUGGCUGUAUAACUUAUAACAUACUAUUUCAGUGCAGACAGGUAUAUAAAACGGAGAACAUCCACCAAAAUGAUUCAUCUCUUCAGUGGCAAAUCCUAUAGUAACGUUUCUCCUGUGCCUCGCUGGUCUAUGUAGCCCAGGAAUCCCAGUGAUGAUGUCAUCAAGUGACUAAUGCAGCCAAUCACAGGCUGCAAUGGUAACGUGAUGAAACAUCAUGGUGGGAAGGGAGACCAGGAACGGAGGGUGAGCAAAGUAUUAUUCUUUAUUAAAUGCUCAGCUGUUUUCCAUAGUGGAAAAUCCAUAUAAAAGUCUACAUGGAUGGUCCAGAUUUCCUGGUCCAUUAAAGGGGUGCUCCGGGGAAGUUAGACACCACAAUACCUGUUUUGUAUCCCCUGUAGUUAUCCAUGUGAUUUUGCCAGCUCCUGUGGUCCCUGUUGUCUACAGAAUAUUAUUUUUCCUUGCUUGCAGCCCAGACUACAACUCCCUGCAGUCAGUGCAGCUCUGUGUAAUGGCUGUCAGCCAAUUGCUUUUGCUAUCUGUGUGCAUGCUGUGUUGUUGUAAACACACUGUACAGGUCUUUUCUUUCAAACUAUACCUCCCCCAGCAAUAAAUCAUGAUAUUCUCUGAAUGGCAGCAGUCAGUGAUAAGAUCUACAGCAGGAAAAGAGCAGCAUUAUGUGCUGAGGAGACUUGGCUCUUUUUCUCCCAGCAAGAUCCACACACAGGGAGGGGUUUACACAAAGACAAGCAGGAUCUGAAUAUAACGUCUUUCUCUCACUCCCUGCAAGUAAGUGACAGCUGAAAGAGGGAAACUGCUCUAUAUAGCUAAUGAAAUAUAUUUAGACAAAUAAAUAGGUUGAUGAGACGGAAAGUAUAGGCUAUGGGUUUAGUUCCCCAGAGUACCCCUUUAAUGUCAAAUACUGCAAAAACAGGGUAAGUUCACAUUAGAAAAGGGCUCUGUGUCUGAAGCAUACUUUAACAUACUGGCAGCAAGGUGUUCCAACGUAUGGCAGUGAUGUGCUCAUUCACUAUAAUGGACCAAGAGAAGUCUGCUAAGGACUACACGUCUGUUUCCAAUCGUAUAUGUUUAUUUUGAAGGACUUAAAGGGGUACUUCGCUGCUCAGCGUUUGGAACAAACUGUUCCAAAUGCUGGAGCCGGGUCGCCCCCAUAGACUUGCAUUGAGGGGGCGGGGUGUGACGUCAUGAGGGGGCGGGGCUAUGGCUUCACCAGCUACCGGCGCCGGCUCCAGCGUUCGGAACAGUUUGUUCCAAACACUGAGCAGCGGAGUACUCCUUUAAAUGCAAAGUGGACUCCUCUUAAGUCUUGCAAAAAAAAAAAGUGUAUGGGAGAUGGACCAUAGCACCCCAUGUACAGUCUAUUAAAUUUAAUGGACCUGCCACAGUAUAUCGGAAUACUUUUCUGCCUUUAUACUGACAUAUACAACAGACUUUGAGGCUCUUUCUAUUAUAGACUCAGCCUUAUCUGCAGCAAAUAAUAAUGAAUAAUAGUUAUAUACUAAAGGUCACAAAGUUAAAUUUAGACCUAAAAGGGUAUGUUCACACGUACAUGAUCUGCUGCGUAUUUUGCGGCACAUUGCGGCUGAUUUUGCUAGCCCGUAGCCGAUUUCAUUUUUUUCCGUCCGCAGCAGGUUUCGUCCUCCUUCUGCCACGGCACUUCUGUUAAAGGGGUACUCCGCCCCCUAAACACCAAAGGAUGGGGGAUAAUAUGUCUGAUCGCGGGGGUCUGGCUACUGGGACUUCCGGGCAGCCAACCCCGGCAUUCUGAACAUUUAAGUUUGGAACCCUGGAUUCGGGUGGGCGCGACGUCACGGCACGCCCCCUCCACUCAUGUCUACGGGGCGUGGUCACUCGUCAUGCCCCCACCCAUAGACAUGAAUGUGUGUGUGGGGGGGGGGGGGGGGGUGACGUCUUGACCACAGCCACCUGAACGCAACAUUCUGAAAGAUAGGGGAUAGGAGUACCCCUUUAACCCCUUAACAUAGCUCUGUUUUUCUGAUACACAGCUCCAAAUCCUCUGCAUACACAGCUGCAUUCAAACCUUGUUCACAUUAUGCAGGAGAUUAUUAGCUUUGUUUCAGAAGUAUGAGGUUUUGACUCCUAUAAAAUAUAUUAUGAAAAAAAAAAAAAGCUGUUCAUGGAUGUGGACAAAAAAAAUUCCAAUUACUUACAGGUAACCCAUAUCACCCAUCCAUAGUAGAAGAGCCCACCAUGAUAACUAUACAGGGUCCCAACUCAUAGCUGCACAAGGCAAAAGAUACAAUCACAUUCCAGUUCCAGUGUCUACAAUCCAUAUAAGUGUUUUUUCCAACCAAGGUGCCUCCAGCUGUUGCAAAACUACAACUUCCAGCAUGCCCGGACAGCCGUAGGCUGUCCGGGCAUGCUGGAAGUUGUAGUUUUGCAACAGCUGGAGGCACCCUGGUCAGGAAACACUGCCAUAUACAGCGUGCGUGUGUAUAUCUGCUUUAAGGUGAUCAUGAAUACAUAUAGGCUGCAACGUGCACACUUCCCUACCUAUCCAUAGGCUGGCACCGGAAUUUCCUUGAAAUAGACGCCAUGUUUGUAUUUCGUUUUGCUAGCUGCUAAAAGAAAAAAAGAAAAAGAAAAAUACACGUAAGUGGCUUGUACAGUUUCCUUAGUGUUUUUAAUGAAAUGUAAGGUCCUAUUUCAUACAGAUGAGCUUUUCUGAAACCUGAGCCUUUUACUGUAGUUGUGCAGGACUAUCCAUGUACGAUGACACGUUGUGAUGUAACCUUCAUACGCCGACGACCGAUAGAUACAUCACGGGCUGCGACACGUAGUGCACACUCAUACUCGCUGUAUCCUGACCAUCUCUAGGUGCAGUACCUGGGUCUUGCUGUCAGUUGAAUGUAGAAAAUGUCUGAACAUUAAUGUUUCCAGAGAUCAGUAUGAUUACGUAUGGUACAUUUUACAUGUGGGAUUCAAAUGUUUUAUAUUUGUAUUUUACAUUGACUUAAUAAAAUGUGAAAUAACUGCG